UUGUCUCUUCCCUCGCCUCAGUUUCCCUCAUAUCCUGGGAUCAACUUCCAGCCUUUCUCGUCCCAAGCUCUGGAGACAGCAGCCUCCAGACUGCUGAGGGCAGAGACAGCAUGAAGGCCCCGGGCCGCCUUCUGUUCCUCACAUUGUGCACCUUGACGCUGUCUGCUGUCUUUGUCUUCCUGUGCUGCUGGGCCUGCCUGCCCCUCUGCCUGGCAGCCUGCCUGGACCGCCACCUCCCUGCAGCCCCCAGAUCCACUGUGCCAGGGCCCCUGCACUUCAGUGGCUACAGCAGUGUACCAGACGGGAAGCCGCUUAUCCGAGAACUCUGCCACAGCUGUGCGGUGGUGUCCAGCUCCGGUCAGAUGCUGGGUUCUGGCCUGGGUGCCCAGAUCGAUGGUGCAGAGUGCGUACUACGCAUGAACCAGGCUCCCACUGUAGGCUUUGAGGAGGACGUAGGCCAGCGCAGCACUCUGCGCGUGAUCUCGCACACAAGUGUGCCGUUACUUCUGCGCAAUUACUCACACUACUUCCAGCAUGCCCGAGACACACUGUACGUGGUGUGGGGCCAGGGCAGGCACAUGGACCGGAUGUUGGGCGGCCGCACCUACCGCACAUUGCUGCAGCUCACCAGAAUGUACCCAGGCCUGCAAGUGUACACUUUCACUGAACGUAUGAUGGCCUACUGCGACCAGAUCUUCCAAGAUGAGACGGGCAAGAACCGGAGACAAUCAGGCUCCUUCCUCAGCACCGGUUGGUUCACCAUGAUUCUGGCCCUAGAGCUGUGUGAGGAGAUCGUGGUCUACGGGAUGGUCAGCGAUAGUUACUGCAGUGAGAAGAGUCCCCGCUCCGUGCCCUACCAUUACUUCGAGAAGGGCCGGCUAGAUGAGUGUCAGAUGUACCGUUUGCACGAGCAGGCACCAAGGAGUGCCCAUCGCUUCAUUACUGAGAAGGCUGUGUUCUCCCGCUGGGCCAAGAAGCGGCCCAUCGUGUUCGCCCACCCGUCCUGGAGGGCCAAGUAGUUCCUGUUGCCAGUGACUGCUAGGCCUGUGACCCAUUCCAGGCCAGCAUGGCUCCAAUAUAAACAUUUGUGACUUUCACCUUCUACCUGACACCAGGUGGAACCUGAGGUCUCUGUUAUCCAACACUGGGUAUACUUGGAGGAAUCUCAGGCCUUGUGACUUGAAAGGCAGUUGAGAGGGUGCCAUUUAUAUCACCUCUGCCCUCAGGAGAAUCCACGUCUUCAUCUUGGGGUUUGUCCCACUUCCAGGUUUAAGUGGCCUUUGCCCUGGGGCCGAUCAAUGGUCCCACCUCACCAGCAUUAUGACUUUGUACCCCUCUACCUAUCUCCAGCCACAUGGUGCCACAUUCUCAGGCUGGUGGCCCUGGUUGGUGCACCCUGGAACUUGGGAUUUGAUGGGUGUGAGGGCGGAUGAGCAUCAGCCUCCCAGGACUGUCUCAGGAGUGUGCCGGUAAAUGUGUAUUUUCUGGACACUGUGUCUCUGUGGUAAUGGAUGUGGGAUAGGGGUUAGGACACAGGCCUGUAACCUGUUUCCUGGAGGGCAGACGGAGCUCUCCAUCCCUUCUCUAGGCCCACAACUGUCAGCUCUUCCUGAAUCGUCUGGACAUCAGUAUCCCACAAGCCUGGGCUUCUUAUGGUCUGACCACAGGACUAUGCUGGCCCAGGAGAGCCACUGUGCCCUCACUUAGCAAGCACAGAGGAAGGCCUGGGAGGACUCAGGGUGAGAAAGAAAUUCCACCCAUCGCCAUUUUCCUGCCCCAUGAGUCAGAUUCCAAAGUCUUUGCCAGUCAGGCCGUCUCUUAACUGUGGGAAUUGGUUCCUCUGUAAAACAGAAGGCAGAAUGCAGCUUAGGGUGGGCACUGCCAGGGAGGAGUAGUCUGAGGGCCAGCUCUUUCUCUGAACUUUGCUUUUCAGAACCAAAACAACCACCAUCCUGCUGUGUGAUGCUGCCCUGAGGAGGGAGCGGGGCUCAUUACAGAUGAUGUGUGUAGUCCGAGCUAGCUUUUGUGAGGUGGCUGAGCUAGGAUGCUGUCAGACUUGAGAGCUCACUCCCCAGGCUCUGCCCCCUUCCCCCUCUGGAAGACUGAAGAAUGGAGCCCUGGGCUUUAUCGCUCGCUCAGCUUCAGAGCUCAGGGCCCUCAGGGUGUAACCUGUGCAGCCCUCAGAGCCCUGUGCUUAGUUUAAUCUCUCCUGCUACAAAUUUGAAAUUCCUUAUUUUUGGUCUUGGUUUUUAACAAGGAACUUCACAGUUUUCUUUUGUACCGGAUCCCACAGAUGACAGAACCUGCCCUCCUGAGGACUCCAGAGGCCUAGCCCACAAAUGACAGAACCUGCUGUCCUGAGGACUCCGGUGGCCUAGCCCAUGCUCCCUCCUACCCAUUUUCCCAGGAGUGGCUAGAGACCUGGCACCUGGCCCACAGCCCUUGUCCCCAGUGUCCGGUGGCCCAGAAGCUCAAGUAGAAGGGCCAGCUGAGAGGGAAAUCUCUGAGCCAAGGAUGCAGGCUGGAAGCCAAACUGUUUCCUCAGGCCUAGUCAUGCUGAGGGGCUCUGGGACUCUGGUAGCAUCAGUGGGUAGUGGGUGAGACGGGGGUCCUGCCAGCAGACCUGACCCCACUUUCCCAGGCAAUAAAGACAGUAGAAUAGUUCCUACCUCACAAAGCUGUAUGAGUUUAGAGGAUGCGCCCGGGGCUUGGAACACACUUGGGUCUCAGUGUCCAGAAGCCACCAUUUAAGAUGGGGUAGUCCUCCGCCUGGGCGGUCCUGUCCCACCCUGGUAUAGGUGGUAUCAAUGCAAACUAGUAAUUAAUAAUAAAGUUCUCAUCCUAA